AUGACCCACGCACAGUGGCUAACUCAAACGUCUGAUGUGUGCCGCUUUUGCAAGGACAUCGCCACAAAGAGGCGUAAACGUGCCAAGGAGGUUGACAACAUUGUGAGAUGGCAGAAGGAGGACGGGACGUUCACAGGCAGCAUUGCGAAGGCUCGUGCUGAGGUUCAACAUCUGGAUGAAGCCAUCAAAGAUCUGGAACUGCGCCGUCCAUCGGUCAUCGCUGCUUCGAACAACAAGACCAAUCAAGCCCCGGCUCCUACCAGCCAUGCGGCAAAGCCACCUCAAUUACUGGAUCCUGGGACUGGGGAUCCUGGUCAUCAGCAGAAUCAGUCCAUGCUCGACCGCGUCAAUCGUCACGCAGGCUUUGGCGCCGUGAGGGGCCGGCCGUCAUGGUUCCACGUCCACAUCGAGCUCAAACAGUCACCCGCCAAGAAAAGACGACGACCGUCGGCAUAA